UCAAUUAGAAAGACUUGUUGGUCUUCUGUAGGGAAACGGGGCAGCAGUGAGCUCACGGCUUAGAUGCAGCAACAAUAGAGGCGAAGAAGAAUAGACACCGCACUCAAAAAGUAGUCUACACAAAGUGAUUAUGGAGGGGGAUGAGAUGGAGAUGAGCGAAGAGGAGCUCCAAAAGUGGAUCAGAGGGAAGGUAAAGAAGAACAAGCUGAUCUCCUCAGAUGUGCUAGAGAAAUACAAGCUGCUGCAAUCUCUGCUGGAGAGGAGGGAGAAACAGGCUGCCCACUUCCUAAAGCUCUGCGAGUCAGUGUCAGCAUGUGAAGCGAUUGUGAGGAAACAAUACUCGUUGCUGGGGUGGGAAUACAGAGACACAGAUUCUGAUGAAGACGACAAUACAACAGGCUCUGGAAAUGCCAUCCCCAGCCCUACUCCUCCAUUACCAAAGCUACAGGACAAUGGGAACCUCCAAAGAGAAAAUGGCAAAAAAAGCUAUAUCAGUCUAAAGAGAAAACCAGUGGUGGUCUUGACCAGACUUUCUGUGUCUCAGAUCAGUUCUUUAUGUCCUCCAACGCCCCAGAACCACAACAGUGAAGAUGAAUCCUUUAACAAUUUGGAUACUGAUGAGCAAUGGGAACAUGAGUCAUCUUCUGAAUCAAGUGAUUCUGAUUAUUCUAUCUCAAGUAACAAGACUUGGUCAAGCAAGAGGAGAAAAAAAGAUCUAAGGAAUUCAAAACUUACCAGGAGUCAUACAACUCCCAAAGCUAGCACAGAUACUGAUGCUAAGAGCAACGUACCAAAACCAUCAACACCCCAAGCUAGCACAAAUACUGAUGCUAAGAGCAACGUAGCAAAACCAUCAACAGUCCAAGCCAACACAAAUACUGAUGCUAAGAGCAAUGUAGCAAAACCAUCAACAGUCCAAGCCAACACAAAUGCUGAUGCUAAGAGCAAUGUAGCAAAACCAUCAACAGUCCAAGCCAACACAAAUACUGAUGCUAAGAGCAACGUAGCAAAACCAUCAACAGUCCAAGCCAACACAAAUACUGAUGCUAAGAGCAAUGUAGCAAAACCAUCGACACCCCAAGCUAGUACAAAUACUGAUGCUAAGAGCAAUGUAGCAAAACCAUCGACACCCCAAGCUAGCACAAAUACUGAUGCUAAGAGCAAUGCCACAAAACCAUCAACAGUCCAAGCAAGUGCCAAUACGGAUGCCAAAAGCAACAUCACGAAAACCUCAACAAUGCCAGCAAACCGCAAGGUAACACACCCUGUGCGCAUCGUAACUGCUCAUUGCCAAACCUCUGACAAAGUUAGCAAGACCCCUCCUAGCGUUCCACAAGGAGAGCUCAAAGUGAACAUGAAUGUCCUGGCCAGAAGGAAGGUCAUGAGCUGGCAGCAGGGUAAAAUCUUGGAAAUAGUAACAAAGGAAGAUGGUAGAUUGAAAUACAAGAUCAAUUUUGACGAGAAAAAAAAGACCCUAUUUUCUGGUCACCACAUUGCCUUUGACUAUAUGCCAAAGGUGGAGCAGCUGUUUAUCGGUGCUCGUGUGGUAGUCAAGUCUCAAGAUAAAGAAUGCCGGUUCUGCCCUGGUGUCCUAGCAGAGCUCCCCAGCAGAAAAAACCGCAUGAGGUUCCUGGUCUUCAUGGAUGAUCACACGCCGGUCUAUGUUGGCUUACCUUUACUUCACCUGGUGUGCAGACCACUGACAGACCCUUUGGACGAUAUUCCCGAUGGAAACCACAAGAAUUUCAUAAAGCAGUAUCUAAAGGCCUGGCCUUACCCACCACAGACCCAGUACAGGAUUGGACAGGCAGUUAAUGCAGAACUUAAUGGAGUCGUGCAGAAGUGUGAGGUGCAGGCGAUCGACAGCAGCUUGAUACAGGUUGUUGUUGAGACGGAUCAACGUAAGGAGUGGAUCUACCGAGGCUCCACAUGCUUGGGACACAUGAGUAAUAUGAAGGGGCUUUUGGAGUCGAAAAAGAAGGAUGAGCAGAAGAAUACAUCUUCCACAGUUAACAGUAAAUCAAAAUCUACAACCUGAAGCCAUGAACCAAUCCAACCAGCUACGAGACCAUAAAACAUUUGAUGCAGCGCAGAAGAACAUUUUAAAAAUGACAAAAAAGGCAGAGGUACAAGACUGUGUACAUAAACAAUCGUUUAAUCGCUGUUAGGAUUGUGGGUAGUGUAGUAGACUGGGUAAACCCAGCCCGAUCUGCUGGCGAUUUGAUGAAACCUGUACGUUUAUCUAUCCUGCUUCCGUUACAAAUUUGUGGGAACAAAUCACAAACUGACUUAUCCACCUGGCGCGCUAUUGGCGGGUUUAACACGAUGACGAUAGAGAAGCGACCAAGCAGCUUUUCGUUUACAUACAACAAGCUGGCCACCGAAGCGCAGCAACCCGUUGAUGCCGCUGUCGCUGCUACGUCAUCCUGGAUCAUUGGUCUGAUUGGUUGAAGGACUAUCCAAUUGCGUACAGAGUCAUUUGAAUUAAUGUUCAAUCUUAAAAGAUUGAGCUUGGUCUGGUGAUAGCCAGACUAGGUAGUGUAGUGCUUCUCCAUGACAUUGUGAAUAAAACAUGCUUUUCGUAAAAAAAAAAAAAGGUUGAUUUCAUUAAGACUUGUGGCUUCUACAGGGGCUUGAAACAUCCUUUCACAAUCUCAUAGCUCAUGGUAAGUCUACCUUGGAUGGCUAAUAAUCAAAAUCCUUUUUUCAUUUUCACUUCUGGAACCAUUUUAUUUUUUUAUUUUUUUUGCAGAGCAUUUAUUUUUUAUUUUUAUCCAAAUACUUUUUCAGUAGUUUAAUUAAUGAUCAACCACUUAUUCUUGAUGCUUUUUAGAUACACGCCCAUCACAGCUUUCCGACCUUCCUUUUGAAACCUAGUUACACCUGGUCACUACUCACAAUUCGUGUCUGUGGUCUUAGUUCUUUUGUAAACUAAUUAAAACGUUUUUCAAGUUAUUCAUAUCAUUCUCUUUUGGUAUUUCACUGUCUUGUAUACUUCAGUCAUCCCAAUCGGCACACUGAUGGGACCAUGAAUGUGUUUAGAGAACUAGAUGCUGUGUCCCAAGAUGGCACCCCAUGCAUUCAUUGAGCCUUGCUCACCAAGCAUAGACUAAUUUUAAAGAUUUUAACUACUUGUUAUGACUGGAAACUGUUCAACUUUCUUGAAACUGUGUCUUUCUUACAUUGUUUUAAGUGUAUUUGUAUUGUAUUUUUUUUUGUUCUUAAAUAAAAAUGUCUUUAAUUUCUUAA